GCCACGGAAACCGCGUGAGGGGGGGACCCCCAAAAAAACCCCAAAAAACCCCAAAAAACCCCAAAACCCCCCCAAAAAACCCCCCAAAAAAACCCCCCCGGUGCCCCCGCCAUGCUGACCCUGCCCCCCGCGCUCACCGAGGAGGAGGAGGCGCUGCAGAAGCGAUUCGCCAAGCUGAGGAAGAAGAAGAAGGCGCUGCUGGCGCUGAAGAAGCAGCAGAGCUCGGCCGGGAGCGGCGCCCAGGGGGGCAUCAAACGCUCCAUGUCGGAGCAGCCCCCCGUGGACACGGCCACGGCCACCGAGCAGGCCAAGCUCCUGGUCAAGUCCGGGGCCAUCAGCGCCAUCAAGGCCGAGAACAAAAACUCGGGGUUCAAACGCUCGCGGACCCUCGAGGGGAAACUCAAGCCACAGUCGCGCCGGCCCCAGAGGAAAUUGCUCUACGAGAGUUUCGUCAGUGCCAGCGAGCGGCUGCGGGAGCCCGAGGGGGGGGCGCGGGGGGAGCCCCCGGAGCCGCGGGAGCGACGCCUGGACUGGGACCCCGAGAGCGACGCCGAGGAGCGGCGCGAGCGCGACGGCGCCUUCCGCAGUACGGCGCCUUCCGGAACCUUCCGGGGGGUCUGGAACCUUCCGGGGGCUUCCGGAACCUUCCGGGGGCCGCGGGAGCGACGCCUGGACUGGGACCCCGAGAGCGACGCCGAGGAGCGGCGCGAGCGCGACGGCGCCUUCCGCAGGUCGGACUCGUUCCCGGAGCGCCGCCCCCCGCGCAAGGGGAACACGCUGUACGUGCACGGGGCCGAGCUGAGCCCGGAGCUGCUGCGCGGAGCCUUCGGCCCCUUCGGAGCCAUCAUCGACCUCUCCCUGGACACGCCCCGGAACUGCGCCUUCGUCACCUUCGAGAAAAUGGAAUCGGCGGAUCAGGCCAUGGCCGAGCUGAACGGGGCCGUGGUUCAGGACGUGCAGCUCAAGGUCAGCAUCGCCCGCAAGCAGCCGAUGCUGGACGCGGCCACCGGGAAAUCGCUCUGGGGGUCCCUGGCGGUGAAGAACAGCGCCAAGGGCUCGCACCGGGACAAGCGCUCGCAGGUGGUGUACAACGAGGACCUGUUCGGGGGACACUGACACACCUGGGGACACACCUGGGGACGGCUGGGACACACCUGGGACACAUCUGGG